UAGAAAAUCUUUAAAUGUUUUUAUAAUGGCGGUAAUUGUUGUGAAGUUAUGUGUCGUGAAGCAAUCUGUUCUCCUAUGUGGAGCUUAAAUAUAAAAACACGGCGAAGAAGAGAAGGACUGUGAUGUGUUAUGGCUUUUGAAUGGUAUGUUCCAGUUGGAAUAACAUUCGCAGCCUUGCUCGUUACUUUCUUUGUUAUUUUCUUCAUAUUGAAAUGUUGUUGUAAGAAGAAAGGGAAGAAAAGAAAAUACAGCCAGGUCCCUCAAGACGAGAAUCGUGACGUAAUCAAGAAACCCUUAAAGGAGUCGUCGUUAUACAUGACGAACGGUGAUAAAAGCAUGUCGGACGUCACAUCGGUGCACGAAACAUUAGCGGAAGUGGCGGCGUCGGAUGCAGAAAGCGAUGAUCUACCGAUGUCGGCAUAUGGCGAUCAAAUUUCAUUUGUCAGCUUAGAGAGUAAAGCUAGUUGGCUGACGUUAAGUGCGGUAGCUAGUUUGAACUCAAAUAUACAGACAUCGCUUAUUUAUUCAAGGGACAUGAAAUACGUGGCUGGAAAAAUUAUACAAAUAGACGGACUUACGUUCACAGACCAUGACGCGCCAUUGCAAAUAAAAGUCCACGUUGUUGUGUUACCGAUUAAGAAGUACGCCAUUAAAACUCAUUGGUACGAUAUACGAAACUCUAGGUCGCGAAUUGACGAAUAUUUUAAAUUCAAGUUUAAAUUGCCGCCAGCUGAACACCGCGUCAUGUUUAGAUUCCGUGUAUAUGGUCGCAAACAGAGCUUAGGUGUGUUUGGGAGACCUCGUUGUGUCGGCGAAUGUUACAUAAACCUUACUGAAAUCAUAUCUGCUCGUGGUGGGCUAACUAUAUGGAGAGGUUUAACAAGGGGUGUGCCCGAAUCGAUACCAGAAGAAAAAUAAACCACUUUGUUUAAAAAGUAAACAAAAUUGCCGGCGUUGCUUUAAGAAUGUUCAAGAUGGUAGUAUAAUCGCAAAGAUUCCAUGCUUAAAGUAUCCACGCAUCGUGUUAAGUUUUAAAGUUUUAUAUUUAGCCAGUUAUUCUGAAGACUCGUGUUAUAUGUAGCUCAAGCAUAAUAAGGGUCUGGUAAAGAGUUCCGGAAAAAAUUUUUUGUAGUUCUGCUAUGUAUACAGUUACAAUAUAUAUCAAGUACAACAAGUUAACUAUGUUA